UCUCGUGUAACCCGCAGGUUACCGUGGGAGAUUUGGGAGUCGCAACGGGUUAGACCCGUAAAGAAACUCUGGUCUUUUUUUACGAUGGGAACUUGUUCGAAUAUCUUUCCUGUCUAGGAAGCAGAGGGGCAGUGCUUCUUAGCUCUGAUAUUUGCUCAUGAGAGAUUAUGGUUUGAUAGAUUGUUCCUUGAAGAGGAGAAGAUUGAUGAGCUUUGAUCCUAUGGAAGCAGAAAUAGCCAAGACCAAGCUUGCAGCUAUGGCAGAAGAGCUUGGACGAGAAAUUCGUGUAUUUGAAACGUUACCAACUUCUGAAGAUGGAUCUGCGACCAUGACAUCUAAUGAAGAUGAGCCUGAUGAUUUCUAUGAGUUCACAGCGGAGGAUUAUUUCCGGAUUUUGGCAACCAGAAAGGAAGACAAAUUCCUGAAGACCCGCAAAAUCCGAGAAACAGAGGAGGCAGCUCGUAGGUCAAGAAUAACUAAGGCAAUAAUUCGGGUCCGCUUCCCUGAUAAUUGUACCUUAGAGGUGAAGUUUCAUUCAUCAGAGACAUUACAAAGUUUAAUUGAUCUUCUGUUGAAAGUGGUUGCUCGACCGGACCUACCAUUUUAUAUAUAUACAACUCCUCCAAAAAAGCGUAUCGUGGACUUAUCUCAAGAUUUCUACUCUGCCGGCUUUGUUCCUGGUGCAAUUGUAUAUUUCUCAUAUGAUGUACAGAAAGGGGACAAUGCUGCAGAAACUUCAGUGCCCUUUCUUCGAGAUGAGAUCAUGUGCCUCAAGGGCCUGGAUAUAAUUCCAGAACAGGCUGAAUCAGUCCAAUCUGCAGCGGAACCUGUUAGGGUGGAACCAUCUCCUGUUGUUCAAGAGCGUAAAGCUGUUGAGAAGAAACCUGUUAAGCCAAAAUGGCUCAAAAUGUGAUACAGCCUAUUGCAUAAAGAAUGGCAAACUAAAGCUAGACGAAUUUUCUCAACUGUGAUGGGUAUCGGAGAUGAACUGUAUACUAUGCUUCUGGUACACAAAAGCAAAAGCUUACAAUGGAAUUUUGGUUGAGGAAGAACUACCAGGAAAUCAAACUGUGUAAACAGGAUGGGUUUUCUUAUUCUUAAUUUUCUUAGUGCCCUUCAAUUUAUAUCAGACUUAUUUGAUGUUCAGGUGGGGAAUUGUAACUUUAUUCACAUGUGUUAUUUGGAUGGAUUUAUGAGAGUAAUUGUAUGUUUCUUGCUGAAGAUUAUACUAAAUUACCAACUAUUAUUUGGCCAGGCCAUUCUCUGUUAAAUAUUUAAGUUAGCUCACGCAGCUUUGAUCAA